UUCAAAAAAUAAAAGAUAAAAUGACAAAUUUGUCCUUACAAUGCUGCAAGGGCAAUUAGUUGAGUUGACCUCAAAAAGUCUACGAUGUGAGCUGUAUGGCCAUUACAAUAACUUGCCGACCACUCCAUAAAUUCUAGUGGCUGCAAAUAAUUGGGUUACAAAAGCUUCGACUAAUCUCAAUAUUCCUUGCAGUUCCGAAUACCCUACCCUCACUUCAUUUUUCUUUCCACAACUGUCUCUUCCUUUCUUCCCUCAUUUUCAUUUACCACACCAACAUCUUCUUCCAUUAAUUUGCACACAAGAUUCAAAAUGGGUAAGAGUGAGAUUGAAAUGAAUGGAACGAACGAUCUAUCUCACAAUGUGAUAGAAAUCAGUGAGGCUGAUCGACAACUUUGUGGUAAUGUUGCGAUAUCCAUUGGAAAAAUGUUGAAACAACUGCCCCAUGUUAAUGAAGAAAGUAGCAUCUAUCGAGUUCCCAAACAGCUACACGACAUGAAUCCUAAAGCCUAUGACCCUCAACUCAUUUCCAUCGGCCCUUACCACCAUUUUACACGUAAGGAUUUGAUUGCCACAGAACAAUAUAAGCUGCAAGGUCUUAUUAACUUUCUACGCCGUAUCAAUAAUAACAAGAUGGAAUCAUUGGAGGACCUCUUAAAAAUAGGAACAUUAAAGGCCCUUGUGGAAAAAGCUCAUUGUUGGGUGAAGGAAGCACGAAAUUGCUAUGCAGCACACAUAAACAUGAAGGAGGAAGAGUUUGUUAUGAUGAUGCUUGUGGACGCUUGUUUCAUAGUCGAGUUUUUUAUACUAUAUUAUGACCAAGGCCAUCCAGAUUGUAGAUUCUCUCAAAUUCAACACAAUGUAGAUCUUUCAUUCUACAAGGGAAUAGUCUUUCAUAUAUUUUAUGACUUGACAAAAUUGGAAAAUCAAGUGCCUUUCUUUCUUCUUCGAAGUCUGUUUCACCUAAUACCUGAAGAUGAUGUCCCCAUGAUCUCCUUUAUAGAUGAUGAAGAUGGCCCUAUCUCCUUUACACAACUUACGUAUAAUGUUCUUAAUUUUGGGUUUAUGGGUAAAUAUGAAAUUUGUUGUGAGUUGUUGGAAGAACCAGCCCACUUGGUGGAUUUCUUGAUUUACUUCCUAUUCGUUCCCUUGCCUCCUGGUAUGAAGAACAGGCAGCAUGAGAAAAGCAAUGAAAAUAAUAAUGAUUUCUCAAGCUUACUCCGCUUCCUCUUGCCAGCACAUUGGAAGAAGCAGAAUGAGGAUCAAAACAGUGAAAAGAAGAAGAAUAAGAAGCCUCAUGACGAAAACAAUAUGGAAAAGCAGUGGGUUCCUCCAUCCAUAACUGAGCUUUGUGAAGCUGGUGUGACCAUUAAAAAAGCAGAAAACACCAAAUGUUUGAUGAAUAUAAGCUUCAAAAAUGGGGUUUUGGAAAUCCCACCUUUAUUUAUUACCGAUUCCUUUGAAAUCAUUAUGCGAAACCUGAUAGCGUUUGAGCAUUUCUCCACAGAAAGUAAAAACAAGUAUGUAAUCCAAUACGUUUCAUUUUUGGAUUAUUUGAUAUGCUCAGAUAAAGACGUGAGUUUACUUGUGAAGGCAGACAUCAUAAUCAAUGAUAUUGGCGGCAGUGAUAUAGAAGUUUCACAACUGUUUAACAAUCUCUGUAAAUUUGUAGCAGUCCCAAGUUAUUCUUCUCACUUCAAUAAUAUCAGCAAAGAUUUAGUUGAGCACUACAAUGGAUGGUGGAACAAGUCCAAAGCCUCACUCAAGCAUAACUACUUCAAUACGCCAUGGGCCUUUAUCUCUUUCUUUGCUGCAACCUUACUCAUCAUUCUCACCCUCCUUCAAACCAUUUUCUCUGCUAUAUCUGCAUUUCCUACCUAGUCAAACCUAUAUAUAUAUAUAUAUAUAUAUGUAUAUAUGCGUGCCCGCUGUUUUGUCUGUAUGUAUGUUUGCUCCUUUUUACAUUGAUAAAAGUUAUCCUAGUAUUUUCCACUGUUUCUCGAAUAUAUAUUCUAUACCUCUUUGGACUUUUUUACUUUUACGUUUUAUAAAUCCCUACCUUUUUAUGUCUUUUAUUUUGAACAUGUUGGGCCUGCUUCUUGUUGAAUGAAUAAAAUGAGCCCAAAUGAUGAAUAAUAUGACCCUUCUUGCUGAUCCAAUUUCGUGAUCCAAAUAUUUUGCCCCAAAAGAAUUUUGGUUUGGUAGAAUACUUGGCUAUCAUUUGUCCACGAAUUUCCAGCUAAUGUACUCCACGUGGUUUGCUCCACUAACUUUUGCCUGAUGGAAAUGAAAGAAAAGUUAUUCUGAUGGAAUGAAUUUUUCAGAAUUAAUUUCCUUUCUCUCUCUCUCGUUCUCUCUUUCGAUUUCUGUAGAGCUUCUUCUAACUCUAUUUUUCUGUUUGUUUUGUGUGACUGCUUGAGUAAAUGAUCGAUGAACAAAAGCAUGCAAUCUUGUAGAAGAGAGGAGGAAGAAAAACGCUACAUAACGAUAUACGUGGUUCGGCAAAUGAUGCCUACAUCAACAGGAAGGAGAAGGGAUCUUUAUUUUAGAGCUAAGUCACAGAUUUUCUUUUACAUAUUUCAAGUUUUCUGGAAGCUAUUGUAAUUGUAUGCUGUGAAAUUUGUAAAUGAUGAGUACUUAUACUAUUUUCUUAUACAAGUAGUUACAAUAACAAACUGUAAAAGUUAAAAGAAAUGUGAAUAGUUCUUGAAUAUGUUGAAUGUUUGAGCUUAUUUUCUUCAAAUCUCCACCUUAAGCUCAAUCCAGUUUUAACAUGUCUUCACCCUUUUUUAGGAAGCCGGAACCCGAUCUGACCAAGACAGUUUGCUACCUUGAGUUUGGUCACAGGUUUGGAAAGCAUGUCGACUGCAUUUUCGGUGGUAUGAACUUUAAGCACCUCAACUUCUCCUUUCUCUAUUCUGUUUCUUACAAAUUGAUACUUAAUGUCUAUGUGUUUGGUCCUUGAAUGAUACUGAGGAUUUUUAGAUAGCUGAAUGGCACUUUGGUUAUAACAGUAGAUCUUUACUAUUGCUUGAUUAAUACCAAAGUUCUUCAUCAAUCCUUUUAACCAUAGUGAUUCUUUUAUUGCUUCUGAUAAAUCUAUGUACUCUACUUUUGUGGUUGAUAAUGUUGUGAUUGACUACAAAUUUGCUUUCUAACACAACCAGUUAGGACCAAAUAAGAAUAGAUAACCUGUUAAUGAUCUUCUUUUGUCUUGGUCACCUACAAAAUCUGAAUCAACAUAUCCAUAUAGCUCUAAAUUUGAUUUGUUAGUACUUUGAUAUGUUGAUUUUGACUGUAUACCAAAUUAGAUAUCUUAAAAUUCAUUUUUUUGUUUUCCAAUGUUUUUUCCCAGGGUUGACAUGUAUCUACUGACAAGGCUAGUGUUGUAUGAUAGGUCUGGUCUAGUAGAUAUCAUUAAGUAUAUUAAACUCCCUACUGUUUGAUUGUAUGGAAUUGAUUGCAUUUGAGUCAAAUGUUCUAUGUUUGUUUCUUUUGGUGAGUUUUUUGAGGAAAGUUUAAAAUGACUAGCAAUAGGUAUAGUGACUGGUUUUGCAUUAGACAUAUUAAAUCUGUUAUUACUUUUUUUACAGUAGGUUACUUGACUAAUGGGUAGAGUUGAGGAAGUCCUGUCUCUUUGAAUUUCAAUCCCAAGGAUCUUUCUAGACUGACCCAAAUCCUUCAUGUCAAAUUCUCUCUUUAGGAGAAUUUUUACAUGAAUUAAAUCCUCCUUAGAUUUCCCUGCUAGUAGCAUAUCAUCAACAUAGAGUAGUAGAUAGACUUUAUCCUUAUAGGUAGAUGAAUUAAUAUAAGAACAAAUAUCAUAGGAACUUCUUUGAAAUCCAAUACUCUCUAUGCAAUCAUUAAAUCUUCUGUACCAGCAUCUAGGGGAUUGUUUAAGACCAUAUAUAGACUUAUUUAAGAGACAAUAUAGGUCUUCUUUUCCUCUUUCUUCAAAUCCUUUAGGUUGAACCAUAUAGAUAACCUCAUCUAGAUUUACAUGAAGGAAAGAAUUUUUAACAUCUAGUUGAUCUAGUUCAAGGUUGUACUGAGCAACUAGAGAUAAAAGAAGUCUAAUAGAGGUUUGUUUUACUACUGGUGAAAAAAAUUCAGAAUAAUCUAUGCCUUCCCUCUAAGUAAACCCUUUAGCCACUAGCCUUGCCUUAUAUCUAGGCUUUUCUUCUUUGGUAGAACCUCUUUUAGUUUAUAUAUCCAUUUAGAGGCUAUAGGUUUGCAUCCUUUAGGAAGAGGGGCUAGGGUCCAAGUAUUAUUGAUAGUGAGUGAUUCCAGUUCUUCACACAUAGCUUGAAUCCAAGACCUAGCAUUAGGACAGUUUACUGCCUCUGCAAAAGUGGUUGGUUCUUGGUCAUUAGGAGCUAUUGUGGCAUUUAGGACUAGGUUCAUGUAAUUAGUUUCAGUAUACCUAGCUGGAGGAACUAUCACUCUUUUUUGUCUAUCCCUAGCCAAAGAAUACUGACUUAGAUCAAGUACAACUUCCGUAUUCCCUGUAUUCUCAUUUGAUAUAUCCUCUUCUUCUUCUUCAGUUUCAAUAGGAGGGUUAUGGUUAGUAAAAGAAUCUUUAGGUGUCUCCACCUCAAUCCUAGCAGUAUUAGGGCUAUUAAGAACUUCAUAAGUUGUGUUUUCCUUUUGCAUAAACAUCUCUUUUCUCUGAAAGUGAUAUCUCUGCUUAUGACAAACUUUUUCUCAAUAGGAUUCCACAUCUUAAAGCCUUUGACACCUUCUGAGAACCUAACAAACAUACACUUUACUGCCCUUGACUUUAGUUUCCCCUGAUUUUGGUGAAUAUAGCCAACACAUCCAAAUACUCUUAGAUUUUCUAGGUUAGGUGGAUGUAUGGUCCAUUUUUCUUCAGGAGUUAAAAAGUUUAGGGAGAAAUGAGGACACCUAUUUAAGGUGUACACAGUGUAGCUUGCUGCCUCAGCCCAAUAUUUUUCACUAAGGAUUACAUCUGGGAGAAUACAUCUAACCCUUUCUAUGACUGUUCUAUUUAGUCUUUCAGCUACUCCAUUCUGUUGAGGAGUGAAUCUAACAGUCCUAUUCCUAGUUAUUCCUGUUUCUUUACAGAAUUUGUUAAACUCUUCACUACAAAAUUCCAGUCCAUUAUCAGUUCUUAGGUAUUUAAUUUCUUUAGAAUUUGCUUCUCUAUCAUGAGUUUCCAUUCCAUAAACCUAUCAAACACUUGGUCUUUAGUUUUAAGGAAGUAGACCCAACUUUUUCUAGAGAAGUCAUCAGUGAAAGAAAGUAAAUACUUUGAGCCACUUAGGCUAGGUGUAGGAGCUGGACCCCAUAGGUCAGAGUGUAUAUAAUCUAAGAUAGCUUUUGUGGUGUGUUGUGCUUUGGUGAAACUUUACCUUGUGGCUUUUCCUAAAACACAGUGUUCACAAAAGGUUAGAUUUUCUAAGAGACCUUUAGGUAGAAUCCCUUGUUUAGAUAGGACUUCUAGGCCUUUAGCACUAAUGUGAGAUAAUCUUUUGUGCCAUACAUCAGCCUCUGUGAUCUCAUUUGUGGUGGCAACAUAUGCCCCUGUCAUCAUUUCAACUCCUUUGACCAUAAAUAAGUCAUUUAUCUUUUCCCUAACUAAUACCACCUUAGAAUCCUUUAGCACCUCAAGGGUUCCUCCUUUACCCCUGUACUUACAACCAAUUACAUCUAGCAUACCUAAGGAGGUUAGAUUUCUCUUAAGUAGUGGAACAUAUCUCACAUUCCUAAGAAGUUUAAUAGUUCUAUCCUUAAGUUUCUUGGAAACAAAACCAAUGCCUUCUAUCUUACAGCCUUGGUUGUUUCCCAUAUACACCAUUUCUUCUUCAAUUUCUUUAAAGUGUUCAACCAAGGUCUCAUUGAGGUCAUGUGGUAGGUGCAUCUAGAAUCUAGGACCCAAUCAUGUUUUCCUAGAGGAUUUAUAUGGUUGGAUUUGUCUAAAGUUGAGGCUAAAGCAUCUGAGUAGAUAAAAGAGCCUUCUACAACUGAUGCCUUGGUUUGUUUUCCUUUUGAGUCCUUUUCUUUCUCUUGAUUCUUUCUUUUUAGGAUAAAACAGUCCUUAAUUAAAUGUCUUUUCUUUUUGCAAUACUUACAUUUUAUUUUCUAUUUUGACUUAUUAUCUUCUGAGUUGUGAGGUUUUAUGUCCUUUUAAUGAUUUUGUUUGAAGUUUCCUUUAGCAAAUAACCCUUCACCACUAGGAUGAUUCUUUCUAUCAAUCUGUAACUCUAGCUCUCUGGUUCUUAGAGUUGAGAUUAUAGUGUCUAUGCUUAUACUGUCCCUUCCAUACUUUAGAGAAUUUUUAAUUUCUUUAUAGGGUUCAUACAAAGAGUUUAGAAGCACAUAUGCCUCAUUUUCAUCACCAAGUUUUUCUCCUAGAGUUUUAAAUUCAGCAACAAUUUUCUUGAACUCAUCUAAGUUAUCAGUUAAAGUUUUAGAUGAAUUCAUUUUAAAUGUAAAGAAUUUCUCCCUAAUAUAAAUUUUACUAGGAAGAUCUUUAGUAGCAUAUAACUCUUCUAGUUUAGUCCAUAUCUAUAGGCAGUUUCUUGAUCUAAAAUUUGUCUAAGAACACUGUCACUAAGGUUUAGAACCAACAUACCAUAGGCUGCCGCUUCCAGUCUUCUUUUUCUUAGACUGUCACAGUGGCAGGAAGUGUUGAUGUGUCAAGGAGGGCUCUGUGAGCUUUCUACUGGCUGAGAAUCGCUUGAUUUUGGCCUUCACAGACCGAAGUCUCCUUUGCCAUCGAAUUUCUUCACUUCGAAUCUUGCUACUGACAUUUUUGGAUGAAAAACUUGAAUAUUGAGUCUUCAAGAACUAUAAUCUUGUAAGUAUUUUGCUCUGAUACCACUUUGUUGGGCCUGCUUCUUUUUUAAUAAAUAAAAUGAGCCCAAAUGAUGAAUAAUAUGGCCCUUCUUGCUGAUCCAAUUUCGUGAGUCCAAAUAUUUUGCCCCAAAAGAAUUUUGGUUUGGUAGAAUACUUGGCUAUCGUUUGUCCACGAACUUUCAACUGAUGCACUCCACGUGGUUUGCUCUACUAACCCUUGUCUGAUGGAAGUGAAAGAAAAGUUAUUCUGAUGGGAUGAAUUUUUCAGAAUUAAUUUCCUUUCUCUGUCUCUCACUCUCUCUCUCUCCUUCUCUCUUUCGAUUUAUGCAGCGCUUCUUCUAGCCCUAAUUUUCUUUUUAUUUUGUGCGACUGCUUGAGUAAACAAUCGAUGAACAAAAGCAUGAAAUCUUGUAGAAAAAAGGAGGAAGAAAAACACUACACAAUGAUAUACGUGGUUUGAUAAAUGAUGCCUACAUCCACAGGAAGGAGAAGAGAUCUUUAUUUGAGAGUUAAGUCACAGAUUUUUCUUUUACAGAUUUCAAGUUUUCUUGAAGCUAUUGUAAUUGUAUGCUACAAAAUUUGGAAAUGAUUAGUACUUAUACAAUUUUCUAAUACAAGUAGUUACAAUAACAAACUGUAAAAAUUAAAGAAA